AUGGUUCAGUGGGUACAAAUCAGUGGUGCUACCUUGUGGUUGAUGGUCAGCAACACAGCGGCGGAAGGUUUGUCUAUUCCGCAUAAUCAACGCCUUAUCUUGAGGAGCAAACGAAGAAAAUACAGAUUCCGCAUAAUCAACGCCUCCAAUGCAAGAUACUUCCGUUUUUCCUUAUCCAACGGCUUAUCUUUUAUCCAAGUAGGAUCAGAUGCAUCAUACCUACCUUAUCCAAUCUCUACACCCACCAUACUCCUAGCUCCUUCGGAGAUUGCUGACGUCAUCAUUGAUUUCUCGAAAGCAUCUGCCAAAGAAUCCGUUUUGACCAAUGAUGCUCCAUACCCGUACCCGACUGGUAAUUCGGUUGACGAGCUGAACAGUAAGAUCAUGAAGUUCAUCAUUAACCCUAAAUCACCGACACCGCCUGAUACAUCACGAGUCCCACCAAAUUUGGUUGAAUAUCAGACGGCAUCAACAGCAGGAGCAGCAGUUACAAGGUACAUUGUGAUGUACGAGUACCAAAGUCAAACCGGAACUCCAACCCAUUUAUACAUAAAUGGGAAAAGAUUUGAAGAUCCGGUAACGGAGACGCCAAAAUCCGGCAGCACAGAAGUAUGGGAAGUGAUAAACCUGACCGGCGAUAAUCACCCAUUACACGUCCAUCUCGGUACAAUUCAAGCACUUAAAGCGCAGGAGCUGGUGGAUUUAUCUACAUUCAGUGCGUGCAUGAGUGUUAAGAACGAUGCAAUUGCAUGCAACGUGAGUAAGCACGCAACUGGGAAGGUGAUUAAUACGCCGGAAAACGAGAAGACUUGGAAGAACACGGUGAAGAUUGAACCUGGGUACCAGACGACGGUGGUGGUUAAGUUUAAUUUGGUUGAGAAUAACAAAGCAAAGGCGUAUCCUUUUGAUGCAAGUGAAGAACCAGGUUAUGUAUAUCACUGCCAUAUUUUGGAUCAUGAAGAUAAUGCUAUGAUACGUCCACUGAAGCUUCUUCCUUGAAAAAUACACAUAUAUAUAUGAAUUAUAUAUGUGGAAAUGUAAAUUUAUACUAUAUAUCGAGUCAUUUCUUUAUGUGUUGUUGUUGUUUUUUUUUUUUUGUAUGUUUUGUUUUGUGGGGCUUUAAGUUUCCGUUUCCAUGUUAUUUUGCCCAUUUUUCUUGUUGUAAUUAAGGAAUAAAUUCAAAUUUAUUAAAUGUUAACCUACCGGUAUUAGAAUUC